CGCCAACCACCCAACCCGAUACCAUGGCGCAAAGUAUCGAGCUCGACGUCCAAAAGUCCUUUACGCUCAGCUACGCCGAGUCGCUGGACGCGCAGGACCCGCUGCGGCCGCUGCGCGAGGAGUUCAUCAUCCCGACGCGGGCGAACCUCAAGCGCAAGCGGCUCGGCGACGAAGGCACCAUUGUCGAGCUCAGCGAGAAGAUCAACGCCCUGCUGCCCGAAAACGACGUGACGUACCCGAGCACGUACUUGUGCGGGAACUCGCUGGGUCUGCAGCCGCGGUGCACGCAGGAGUAUGUGCGCAAGUACCUCGACACGUGGGCCUACAAGGGCGUGUACGGCCACUUCCAAGAGCUCGAGGACGCCGUGUCGCGCCCGUGGGUCGACGUGGAUGAGGACGCGAAGAGGGAGACGGCCAUGAUUGUGGGCGCGAGGCCGGACGAGGUGGCCGUCAUGGAGACGCUGACGGCCAACCUGCAUCUCCUCAUGGCGAGCUUCUACCGCCCGACCAAGGACAGAUACAAGAUCAUCAUCGAAGGGAAAGCCUUCCCCAGCGACCAUUACGCCGUGCAAUCGCAGCUGCACCACCACAACCUCACGCCGCAAGCCGCCCUCGUCGAGCUCACCCCCCCAGACCCCGCAACCGCCUACCUCCCCACCGACUACAUACUCUCUGUCAUCGACGCCCACGCCGACUCCACCGCCCUGCUCCUCCUCCCCGGCAUCCAGUACUACAGCGGCCAGUUCUUCGACAUGGCGCGCAUCACGGCGCACGCGCACGCGCGCGGCAUCACGGUCGGCUGGGACCUGGCGCACGCAGUCGGCAACGUGCCGCUCGAGCUGCACGCGUGGGGCGUCGACUUCGCGGCUUGGUGCAACUACAAGUACAUGAACAGCGGGCCGGGCGCGAUCGGCGGGCUCUUCGUGCACGAGAAGCACACGCGCGUCGAAGCCUCAACAACCACCACCACCGACACCGUCGUCAGCGCAGAAACUCUCGGCUAUCGCCCCCGCCUCAGCGGCUGGUGGGGCUCGGCCAAGUCCUCGCGCUUCCAGAUGACAUCGACCUUCGCGCCCAUCCCCGGCGCGGCCGGGUUCCAGCUCUCGAACCCCUCCGUGCUGGAUACGACGGCGCUGCUCGCGUCGCUGUCCGUCUUCGCGCAGACGUCGAUGCCCGCUCUGCGCGCCAAGUCGCUCAAGCUGACGGCCUAUCUCGAGCACUUGCUCUUUGCGCGAUCACCCACGGAAACCGCAGACACAGCAGCAGCCCGCCCAUACGUCCUCCUCACGCCGCACGACCCCGCCCAGCGCGGCGCGCAACUAAGCCUGCGCCUGCGGCCCGGCCUACUCGAGCCCGUGAUGCGCGAUCUAGAAGCCGCGGGCGUGGUGGUGGAUGAGCGGCGCCCCGACGUCGUGCGCGUCGCGCCGGCGCCGCUGUAUAAUGGGUUUGCGGACGUGUGGCGCUUUGUGCGGGAGUUUAAGGGGGCGUGUCGCCGGGCUGUGGAGGCGGGUGCUGGGGGUGGGGAAGCUGGUACCACCACCACCCACCACCAUAACCAAAACCAGCCCCACGCAACCACCUAG